CAUUAAAUUUAAUUUUCUAAAUGCUAAUUUACUAUUCAUCUGUAUCUUCCAAUAGGUUUCGUUUUUUUUUUAGGUCAAAGCACUAUCUCAUAUUAAAAUUGUAAAUUUGAGGAAAACAAAAUUUGCCAAUGACGAUGGUGGACGAAGGCGGAAACGGAGACGGUGCAACCGCCGCUUUAAGAAGCUAUAGCCACCGUGACUGCAAAACCAAAGCAGGAGAUUCAAGCGACGGUGCAGACUCAGUCAGCUCUCUACCUGACGUGAUCCUCCAAACCAUUCUCUCCUAUCUUCCGACACAAAUCGCCAUCAAAACAUCCGUCUUGUCCAAAAGAUGGAGGAAUCUAUGGUCCCAUACACCUUGCCUCUCCUUCGACUGGAUUAGGCCACAUGGGCCGAAGGGUGAUAUUAUAAACAAAAUACUAGAUCGCUACAAGGCUCGCAAGGUGAUGAGUUUCAAGCUCAGUGCCAGCUUACAAUACGAUAUUCCUUACGUUGACAGAUGGAUCGAGUUCGCCAUGUCCCGAAACGUUGAGAAUAUGUCGUUGGAGUUCGGUUAUAGUGGUGACCAUAAGUAUCAUGUUCCUGACUCCUUUUACAUCAGUAACUCUUUCAAGCAACUCAGUGUUGAGUAUUCUUUUAUUGGUUUGACACUUCCAAGUUUUCCCGUGUCUUGGACAUCUCUGAAGAUGCUGUCCUUAAGGUGUUGCAAGAUCUCUGAAGAAUACAUGGAUAAGAUUCUAUCUGGCUGUCCGAUUCUAGAAAGCUUAACCCUUUACUUUUGCGAUAAACUGUUGGUUCUUGAUCUCAGCAAAUCGUUGAGUCUGAGAACAUUAGUAGUCGAUCGUAACAUUUGGGUUCCGGGGCCUAAGCAAAUUAUUGCACCUCAUAUCCAUUGUCUCAAAUUGAAAAACUCUCAAUUACCAUGUACUUUAGUUGAUGUCUCGUCUUUAAAAGAAGCUAGAAUGGAGAUUUGCUUUUGUGCACUUGAAGAUCUGAAGGCUGAUUUUCUUCAAGCCAUGGUGCUAGAGAUGCUAGAGAAGUUGCAGCAUGUAGAUAAGCUUACUUUCGGAGAAAACUUUCUUACGGUUUUAACUCUUGCCGAGCUCCGUCGUGUUCCCAUUCCGAGCUUCAAGGUCAAAGAUUUGACACUUGAGACAAUGAUCUCUCAAUAUGCAAUUCCUGGUAUAGUCAGGGUGCUACAAAACUCAUCUGAAUUGAAGAAGCUAACAACAAUACACAAAAUGAAGUUUGGUACCUUUACGAAGAAUAAAAUUGACACGUACCUGGAUUUGCAAGGCGUGAAUACAGAUCAGUGUUGGAGCUUGGAAGCGAGGGUCUUUGAGAAACUUAAUCAUUGGGAUGUAGAGUCGAGGCACGUGGCUUCGUUCAUGGAACUUAUGUUUAAGAAAACAGAGACAUUAGAGAAGAUGGUCGUUUGGUUUUAUAGUUAUGGUAAAGAUCAAAUUCUUGAAGAGUUGCCUGAGAUGGUUGCAAUGCUCGCUGACGAGAACAAAGUCUCCAUAGUGCUCCACCUAUUCAAGCAGAAUCAGGGGAUUUAGUCUUGGAUCUUUUGAUAUAUGACACUUUUUAUUGAAUUAAAAAUUUUAAUUUGAAUUUUAACCCAAUUUCAGUGACAACAAAAAA